CGAAUUGUAUGGAUGGAGUAUGGAUCAAAUUGUUAAAGAAGUUGGAUUGAAAAACAAUUGUACUUUUUGUGGUGUUUUCAGACGUCAGGCAUUAGAUCGAGGUGCUGUAAUCUUGGAUGUAGAUCAUAUAGUGACGGGGCAUAAUGCUGAUGAUAUUGCUGAAACAGUUUUGAUGAAUAUCUUAAGGGGGGAUAUCGCUCGACUUCCACGAUGUACCGAGAUAUGUACGUCUGGAGAUGGAUGUAUACGAAGAUCAAAACCGUUUAAAUACACUUACGAAAAAGAAAUCGUUAUGUAUGCUUAUUUUAAGAAGCUCGAUUAUUUUUCGACUGAGUGUAUAUACUCACCAAAUGCAUAUCGGGGACAUGUACGGACUUUCAUAAAAGAUUUGGAAUCUAUACGACCUAGUGCUAUUAUAGACAUCAUACAUUCUGGGGAAGCCUUUGAAAUAAAAAACGGGGUAAAAUUGCCUGUACAAGGUGUAUGUAAACGAUGCGGAUAUAUGUCUAGUAAUGAACUUUGUAAAGCAUGUAUGUUACUAGAAGGUUUGAAUCGUGGAUUACCAAA